ACCUGCAGUAGUUUCAGAAGUAUCAUCUCUAUCGUAUCAUGUCUGUAACUAAUUUAUGAAUCAAAACAAGUUUCUUUGGAUUUAUCAAUCAGUUAAUAGUUCAAUUGUGAUUUUCAAUAUGGAUUAUUGAAAUACAUCUAACUCGACAGUAAACUUAUUUCAAUUUUAUUGACUAUUGGCAACUUGAAAAUUUCUUCUAUUGAAUUUAUAAUUGAUAUCAUCUAACUCAACAGUUUAUGUUUCUUUGUGUCCAUUAUUAUUGAUUAUUUAUUUUAUUACUUUUUUAAAAACAAUUGUUGUCAAUAACAAAGGCCAGUUAACAACCAGCUCAUUGGCAAUGGACAAUAACAAAGACUUACCUGGAUAUGGAGCGACUUUUUCCUACGAGCGUCCCCCACCCUACGAUGCUAGUUUCGGUACCACAGAUUAUGAUGCCGGACCGUCAACCUUUGUUUACAAUCAACUACCUGAAUCUAGCUUUGAUAAAACUCCAAUUCCAGAUCAAACCCAGCCUUACCAAUCAAAUAAACAGUUCACAGCUAACCCUAAUGAUGUGCCAAUCAACAAUGUUCCGAUUCAUAUCAGCAAUGAAUUCGGACCUUACAGUCAGAAUGCUGUCUGUCCUCAUUGCAAUCAAUAUGUUGUGACAAAAACGAAACACGUUCCUGGACUGGUGACAUGGCUUACAUGUUUGGUCUUUUCUUAUUUCUGCUGUUGUUGUUUACCAUUUUGUAUGGACUCAUGUCGUAAUGUUGAUCAUAAAUGUCCAAAUUGUAAGCAAAAGAUUGGUCAUUACCAAAGAUACUGCAAGUGACGCAGUGAUGAGUGAUUCAUCAAAUUUACCAUUUACCGGAAGAUAGAAGUCCCCAGGAUUUUUAUCAACGCGAUUAAAUGAGAAAACAACCCUUUUAUUUGAACUUCUCUGAUUGUCUGAAGUUCUUACAGAUAAAUCGUUGAAUCAUCAUAAAUCGGUUAUGAUUACACAAAAAUGAGCUUGGGGUUUGACUUGAAAGGAUGAUUCGCACAAACAUAAAUCCAUUCAUAAUUAUUGUGACUGUUUCCUUGUUAGCUUUAAGUGUUGUGAGCAUUGUAAUUGCUGAGAUUCCUGUAAUUUAAUCAUUAAACCGGAAAAAAUGUUUUCCUAAAAACUAAACUUUACUUUACA